AUUGCUUUUUCUCUGUGUGCUAAACUACCACUAUUUGUACAUUGCAGGAGCAUAAGAAAUUGGUGGAAGGCACUUCCUCCUAAUAAACGGGAACUUUUUAAAGAAAGUGUAAGAAAAAAUAAAUGGAAGAUACUCCUGGGUGUCAGUAGCUUAGGAGUUUUGUUUGUCGUGUUUUAUUUUACUCACUUGGAGGAGACACCCAUCACUGGACGCGCUCGACUGUUGGUGUUUGGAAAAGAGCACUUUCGGGAACUGUCACAGAUGGAAUAUGAUAUGUGGAUGGAGGAAUUCAAAAGUAAAAUGUUACCUGAGACAGAUGCACGCUACCAGGUUGUGGAGAGAGUUGUUGGUCAUUUAUCUGAAAGCAACAGGGACAUCCCACAGGUCUUGGCGCUCAAGUGGGUUAUCCAUGUGGUAGAUGAACCAGGUGUAAAUGCUUUUGUGCUUCCAAAUGGUCAGGUGUUUGUUUUCACUGGAUUGCUAAAUGCAGUUUCUGAUAUUCAUCAGCUGUCUUUCAUUCUGGGACAUGAAAUAGCUCAUGCCGUGCUGGAACAUGCAGCGGAGAGAGCCAGCCUGGUUCACUUCUUGGAUUUUCUGUCACUCAUCUUUCUCACUAUGAUUUGGGCCAUCUGUCCUCGUGAUAGCUUGGCAGUUGUUGGCCAGUGGAUUCAGAGCAAGUUGCAGGAGUUUGUGUUUGACAGACCGUACAGCAGAACAUUGGAGGCCGAAGCUGAUAAAGUGGGACUUCAGUUUGCAGCAAAGGCCUGUGUGGAUGUACGAGCAAGCAGUGUAUUCUGGCAACAAAUGGAAUUAGCAGAAACCAUUCAAGGGCAGCCCAAGUUACCGGAGUGGCUCUCCACACACCCGUCUCAUGAGAACAGAGCUGAGCACUUAGACCGGCUUAUCCCAGAGGCUCUUAAAAUAAGAGAGAGCUGCAAUUGCCCAUCUCUUUCUGGACCAGAUCCUCGCCUCAUUUUCAAACUUAACAUGCAACAUCUCCUGGAAUCGGCUAAAGAUCAAGAAACCCCAAAUUCUACAAAGCCAGAUCUCUCAAAACCCAAACCGGAUUUCCCUCACACUCAAAAAGUGGAAGACAUGCCAGUAACUUUUGCAGUCAAACCUACAAACUAAUGAUAAUAACUUUCACUUUUUAUGAAACUUGUGGUCCCUGAAGGUCUGUCUUAUAACACAAAUUUGUCUUUGAACCAUAAAGAAGAUGCAGCCACUCAUAUUCUAUGUUUCUUUUAUGUGAUGUCUCACUCAAAGCAGUAAGGAGCCAUGCCCACACAAGAAG